UUGACAGGCACAAUGGGAGAACCAUCCGAGCUGGCUACCAUGAUGCUAGCACUCAAUGCAAUGAGGGAUGAGAUGAGGGAGUUGCGGCAAGACCUUGGAGAUAGACUCACCCGAGUUGAGCAGAGACCCAUGGCUCAAGCUACCCAAGCUAAUGAGAGGUUUCCAAACAACCGGCGUCCUGGAGUGCUCUUCAAUGAUGUUCCAGAGGCUAGCACUAGAAACCAACAAAAUGAGGGAGAUACUGAUGAACCAGUUUUGAGGUCAAAACCUUUUGAAGAGGGAGGGAAUGAUGAGGACAUUGAACCUGACCUUACUGAACCAGACAUUCAAGACAUGAUCAGCAACAUUACCAAACCAGAGACUGAGCAAGAAGUGCCCAUACCAACCGUGUUUAAGGGAGCUAUCACUAGACAAAGAGCUAAGAUACUUCAACAUAAAUUUAAUGAGAGCAUGAUACUUGCUUCUGAUCUUGGACAGGUUAAACAAGCUGAGGAAGAUAUCAAAGAUGUGAUCAAGAGAGAUGCUGUGAAGAUAGAGGAACCAAAUGGGAGUUCUCAAGCAUCAAGAGAAGAUCUUUGGCCUUUCAUACCUGAUCAGAGUCACAACCAUUUGAUGAUCAUUACCAUAGAAGAACCCAAUGCUUAAGAAGGUUCUUGGACAUGGUUAGCUACGAGGCAAGCUCCUUGUGUGUGCUCUUUUCCUUACUCUUGGUUUUG